GGAAGAAGAAAGUGGAAGAAAGUAGGCAGAGGAGCCGAAGAAGAAGUGGCUAAAAAAACAACACGGACACUCUGUCUGUUAACAAACAAGGUUACACCAUUAUCUGAGAGGAGACCCACUUCAUCAUGUGAGUCAUCUGAAACCCCUUGGUACUCUGUAGAUGGCUGCUAAUGUGUGUGGUCACAGGCUGAACUAAAAAAAAAAAAACCUCCCAGUCUUGUUUUUUCCUGGCUCUGGGCAAGAUGCUGCAACAAGGUGUUCACUCAGAAAACCAUCUUCAAUGAGAUUCCAGCUUUACAGCGCUCCAGUCAGACAGCUGUGAGGCACGUGAAGAGAUAGAGGCAUCGAGAAGGAAAUGGAUGUCACGGAUGCCGACGAGGAGAUGCCUGAUGGUGUUCCCACCUUAGUUGCCGAUGCCAGUCAGUGGGAGGACAGGGAGACCGACGAUGACUGCGAGCAGGAGGAGAACACAGCCUUUCUCAAAUCUCAGGAAUCUCCAAGCACAGCCCCUCACUCAGAUGCUGGAACUGGUGAAGCAGACCACUGCGGAUCCAUGGAGGCCAAAGAGGAUGUUGAGGAGGUUUCGGACGGCUUUGACCACAGGCAAGGAGAUCUCGAGGACUCGCAGGUUAUAAAUCAAGAAGAGGACGAAGCUGCAAAGGAGCAGCACAUGAAUGGGGAGUCUGGCUGGAGGAGCGUGGGAAGUGGAAGGAAGUGCAAGCUGCGGAGUGGCGCGUCGGUUUUAGAGCAGAGUGGUCAAAAUGCAUUUUCCUCCAUGCAAAAGGGCAACAUCAUGUCAGGCGGUGGUCGGCACAAGCAGACUCGCAGACGCAACCACCACCACCACCAACAGAGCCGGGGCCGCAGGCGAACGGGCAACCAGCUCGUCUUAGCUUUCAAGGAGAUGCUGUCGGAGUCCGUGAGCGUCUGGUGCAUCUCGUGCAUCCACAUGAUGAUUGAGAUCAUUGUCACGUUGACGCACAACUGCGGGGUUGGAGUGGAGACGGGCAUUGUAAAACUCUACACCUUUGGACAGCGUCUCUUUGUAAAGGUCACCGACGUACCAGGAAUGAAGGCAGACGCAAGUCGGGUUCUGAAUUGGAUGAAAUGCACGGGAGCAGACAUUUGGGCUAAAGUGGUUUGGUCGCUGAAGUGGGUAAAGACGGCUGCCUUAUCUUGUUUUGGACUUUUCUGUGUUUUGGUAAUUCUGGGGUCCCAGUGGGCGAAGAGCAUGCUGGUUCACAUUGGAGGAGAGAGGGGGAAACACUGUUGGACGGCGUUUCAGGAGUCCAGAAUAUGGAAGAGGGUCGCCUCCCUGCUAGACAGAGUCCGAAAGCUUUUCAGGAGAGACGGUCGCGUCCCUCCGUCCACACCCGAGUCACCGGGCCGAGCGGGGAGGGGCCAGCCGGGCCAGGAGCUGGAGAGACUGCUGGCCCUGGCCGAGGUGCCGGAGGACGAGCUGGACCCCUUCACGGUGCUGGGCGUGGAGGUGCACGCCACCGAGACAGAGCUGAAAAAGGCCUACAGACAGUUGGCUGUCCAGGUCCAUCCAGACAAGAAUAAACACCCACGAGCUGGAGAGGCGUUCAAAGUCCUGAGAGCUGCCUGGGACAUCGUCAGUAACCCAGAGACACGGCGAGAGUAUGAGCUGAAGCGAAUGGCAGCGACCGAGCUGUCAAAGUCCAUGAACGAGUUUCUCACUAAACUUCAGGACGAUCUGAAGGAAGCCAUGAACACCAUGAUGUGCACCAAGUGUGAGGGGAAGCACAAACGGUUUGAGAUGGACCGAGAACCUGCUGAAGCUCGGUUCUGUGCUGAGUGCAAUCGCUGCCACAGUGCGGAGGAGGGGGACCUUUGGGCCGAGUCCAGCAUGUUGGGUCUACGAAUCACAUACUUUGCUUGUAUGGAUGGAAAGGUGUAUGACAUUACAGAGUGGGCCGGUUGCCAAAGAAUAGGGAUUUCUCCUGACACGCACCGCGUCCCGUAUCACAUCUCCUUUGGUUCUAAGAACAACAGCAACGCUACACGACACAGAACGCCCUCAGAGCACGCCACAGGUCCCACCAACCCCGCCGACUUGCAGGACUUCUUCAACCGGAUCUUCAAGGGCGGUCCUCCGAACGACAUGUCUGCCAACGGGAGCUUCUUCCCUCCAGGUGCUCCUCACCAUCCCCCGCCCGGCGCCGCCGCUCCCCCGUUCACGCCGCCUCCGGGCCCGACCAGCUUCUACAUGCCGGGCGGCCACCGGCCGGAGCCCAGCGAGCCGUGGGCCGAAAGCGGCAAACCGCCCCGGAGGAGGAAGAAGGUCCGGAAACCCUUCCAGAGGUGAAGUCGGUUGACUCAAGUGCUCUGAAACUGCAACACGGGGACGCAAUGAAAAUCGGCCAUGUUUGUCUCUCGCCUGCCUGCUGGCGUGCCAAGGUCUGAAACGUUUUUAGGCUGGUGGAGGUUAAAGGCGCUGUCAGAUCAGCCAGAGCAGAUGGAGACCAGACGAUGAUGAAGAACAGGCGGCGAAUAAAUCCUGAAGUAUUGAAAGAGGGGUUGAAGGGAUGGUGCUUUACCUCUCAUUUCACUUUACGUUUUUUUUUUGUUGUUGUGGGUCUUAAUGACGGCUGUAGCCUUGGCAUCAAAGCCUUUAUGAGGAUGCUGUAAUGAGACAUUUUCCUUUUUCUUUUUUUUUUUUGUCUCCAUAAUUUCCUGCCAAAUCCUUCAUUGCAUGAGUUACUCACCUGCAUUUUUAACACAUUCGCUCUCUCACUUUUGUCGAUGGGGUUUCAUAGCGAGGGGCUCCAGGCAGAGCGGUAGCUGAGGAGAAGGUUUCGAGUCGGUGGGACUGUGAGUCGUGGAUCGCCGUCACUGAGAAGUGAAGGUCUGGGCAGCGUCCACGGGCCAGUGGCAGUUAGAUCUGUUUCUGGAUUCGCGUCUCUCCCAUCACAUUUCAAGAGAGAGUCUAAAGGAGCCAAACCGAACAUCCGAAACAACAAACAACUUUACUUGGUAUUUUCUGAAAAGCAGAGCAGGUUUUUAACCCACAGCAAUUUAAAGGCAGUGCUUCAUACUGAAUUAUUAAAAGACACGAUUUUGUGCUGAUAUAAAACGGCCCGUUGCAGUGGCUUCAGUGGACAGGGUGUGUGGCUUUAUGGCUUAAGUUAAUAAUUUUGGACUGAAAACGAUCCUGAUUUAUCAGCCGUGCCGUCAGGAAAAUUACCUUGUCGAUUAGUUUGUUUUUCCUGUCAAAAUUAAAAUUACAAAUUAAACAUAAGGCACUGUAUUCACUCUGUAAGUUUUAAAAGACGCCCUCCAAACAUCAGUUUGAGUUUGCGCGGCUCUGCAUUGUGCCACCGCGACGCAACGGACUGACAUGAUCAGGCAGCUACUGAAAGAAAUUUAUUCCAUUUUUUUUUUUUUUUUUGAGUUCGUAUUUAAUGAAGGUUGUUCAGUGCCAUCUUAUUUCAUUCGAGGACUUUCGAAGCAGAUUAAGCUGCUGACCGAAUCCAAACACUUACUUUCUCUUGAACUCGGCAUUGACGACACCCGAACACCGAUGGCCGGUCGUGUCCGGUUGGCGACACUUUAACGCUCGUAGCUUAAUCGAAGAGAACAGAUUUGUUUUUGUUUACACCUGACAUGAAGAUUGUGAGACUGUAGUGAUAUGGCAAUUAUCUGAGAUAAGGCAUUUUGAUGAAUCUUUUUAUAUUGUCAGCCGGUAACGAUGCGUGCGACGUCCAUUGUUGUGUUUUCCCUCUUCUUUUGUGUUAAUUUGCACACCCACCACUGUAAUGGCAUCAGAGGGAGGCUUGAACAGUCAUCUGUGAUUUAGCUGAACCAGACUCCUCCAGCUGCAGCUGAGUAGGAGGUGUAGCUCGCGACGCUAACAGCUUCACUCGCAAAUGGAGAAUUUUUUUUUGUUGUUGUUGUUGUUUGUUUUAUGAAGUCUGAAUGUUAAAUGAGUGACAUUUUUUUGAACAGCACCAUUCGAUUGCACAACCAUUACUACUAUUGCUUUGAGAUGAUAUAUGGGAACAGUUUGAUGGGAUUGCGGUGCAUGGCGUGUUUUGUCUGGAUGCUUUACGAGGAGCCCCUGCCGCAGAGCGCUGCUCGAGUUGAUUUCAGGACAGGACAGCAGGUUUGCCAUUUCUCUCUUCAUGUGUCAAAUAGUUUCUAAUUCUUCAUGUUUCUCCAGUUUCCCUGAUGAGGAAUGAUGUUUUGACAGAGACGUGCUCUUUUCUCUAAAAUAAGAUAUUAAAUAUGUUCAAGUUUAGCGAAAUCUGAUCAGUUUUUCUACCUGAGCGGGAUAGAAUUUUGAGCUUGAAGGUUGGAUUUUUCCACAUUGCUUCCUACUUUUAAAAUCUCUUAACAUACCAUCUUUUCACGAAUGUUAUGGAACUCUUAAAAAAAAAAAAAAAAUCCAUUCAUCCUCAUCAGGCGUGUUGGAGCAGGUGGACUGCAGGACUGUGGCCCUCCACCUGGAUUGAACCAGAAGCGGUCCUGGAGGGCAGCCGUCCUGCGUUUUCCACUUUGCCCUGCUCUGACACAUCUGAAUCUUUUUAUAGGUCAUCAUAAAGCUCUUCAGAAAGCUUGAUAAAAGCUUUUAGAACCUGUUGUGCUGGAGGAGAGCAAUAUCAGAAAGGUGUGAGCCUCUACCUCUCAUAGCUGGAAACUUUGGAGUCGUGUCACACGUUUAGCCGCUUCUUAUCAGGCCGUCUUUAGAGCUUGAUAAGUUUCAGGUGUCUUAAGAGCAAAGACAGAGCAGAAAAUUCAGGAUAGCUGCCGCCCAGGAGCAGGAUCUGAUACCUCUGCCCCAGGAGAAUUCCACCCACAAUGCUCCUCUGCAUCAGGCCUCCUCUUGGAAACUGGACUCAUCUGUGACCAUGUUAUCAAACAUCACAUGGCGCUCUCCACAUGUCACCCUUGACUCGAGAACAUGCAGCUCUGCAUGUCAAACAGGUUCAAGAAGUCAAAGAAUGAGCCAACACGCUGGAUUUAUUUUCGUUUGGAUUCUUUCAAAGUUUUCAACAGAAUAUGCAGAAUUGUUGCAAAAAAAAUAAAAAUAUCAGACAAUCAUCAGGGUUUUUUGUAGGGAAUCAAAGGAGGUGAGUUCCCUGGCUGGCAAACAGUUAAAAAAUCUAUCACUGUUUGGUUUCUUUUCCCCUGCUUUCUCUGGUUUUUCAAAAUAAAGAUGAUUUCCUAUA